GUCCAAACUUUUUUUGGUCAACCCAACACAGUAUGCGGAUUUGACCUCGUCUUCUGCCACCGACAAUCGAUUGUCGCAACACAUCGACAUCAUCAUGGCGGACACCAUGACUUUGUCUUCGGCUGUACGGCUUCCAACACCUCCUCCCGGCGGCUCUUAUUCACCUGGGCCAUCAGGCGCAAGAAAACGCUCGCCGCCUUCACGAUCCCCUUCACCUCGGCGUCGUCGAGUAGCCCGCGCAGAAGAGAGUGGCAGGCAGAAGCCGCAUGGUGAGGAACAGGAGCGGGAAGUGGAUGACCGAGAGCGGGAGCUCAUGGCAAGAUUCAAGCCUCGAGAAAAAGAAGAAGUGAAACGCAAGCCAUUGACUGCAGAAGAGAAACAAGCUGCCGCCAAAGCCGAAUAUGAGAAACUUCUCACCAUGAGGUCGGGAGGUACAUACAUUCCACCUGCAAGGUUAAGGGCGCUGCAAGCAGAAAUCACGGACAAAAGCAGCAAAGAGUAUCAGCGCAUGGCAUGGGAAGCACUCAAGAAAUCCAUCAAUGGUCUGAUCAAUAAAGUCAACGUCUCGAACAUCAAACAUAUUGUUCCCGAGUUAUUUGGAGAGAACUUGGUUCGAGGACGGGGAUUGUUCUGCAGAAGCAUCAUGAAAGCCCAGGCAGCCUCUCUACCUUUCACCCCAAUCUAUGCUGCAAUGGCUGCAAUUGUCAACACCAAACUUCCCCAGGUCGGCGAGUUGCUCCUCAACCGUUUGGUGGUCCAAUUCCGCAAGGCUUUCAAGCGAAACGACAAAGCCGUCUGUAUCUCUUCCACUACUUUCAUUGCCCAUCUUUGCAACCAGCAAGUGGCGCACGAGACGGUGGCUGCUCAGCUCCUCCUGCUACUUUUGCACAAGCCAACAGACGAUUCAGUGGAAAUCGCCGUUGGUUUGACAAGAGAAGUAGGACAGCAUCUGGAAGAGAUGAGCCAGCCGAUCGCAUUGGCAGUGUUCGACCAGUUCCGAAGCAUCCUUCACGAAGCCGACAUUGACAAGCGAACACAGUACAUGAUCGAAGUCUUGUUCCAAGUGAGGAAAGACAGAUAUAAGGAUAACCCUGCCAUCAAGGAAGAAUUAGAUCUGGUGGAGGAGGAAGACCAAAUCACACAUCAGGUUGACUUGGACGAUGAUAUCGAAACACAAGAUACACUCAACAUUUUCAAGUUCGAUCCUGAAUGGGAAGAGCACGAAGAAGCGUAUCGAAAACUUAAGGCCGAGAUCCUAGGAGAGGACAGUGGUGAUGAAGAAGACGACGGAAGUAGUGAUGACGACGAGAGUUCCGAUGAUGAAGAAGCUGAGCAAGAACGAGCGAUGGAGAUCAAAGAUCAAACAAACACCAAUCUGGUCAAUCUACGGCGAACCAUCUACCUCACCAUCAUGUCCAGUUUAGACUUUGAAGAAGCAUGCCACAAGUUGAUGAAAGUGCAACUUCCAGCUGGCCAGGAACCCGAACUACCAUCCAUGAUUAUCGAAUGCUGUUCACAAGAGAAGACAUAUUCAAACUUUUUCGGUCUUAUUGGUGAACGUUUUGCGAAGCUCAACCGCCUCUGGACGGACCUGUUCGAACAGGCCUUUGCUAAAUAUUACGACACUAUCCACCGGUAUGAAACCAACAGGCUACGCAACAUUGCCCGCUUCUUUGGGCAUUUGCUCAGCACUGAUGCCAUUGGUUGGCAUGUGCUCUCGGUGGUGCAUUUAAAUGAAGAUGAAACCACCUCCAGCAGCCGAAUCUUCAUCAAGAUCUUAUUCCAGGACCUAGCCGAGUCUUUGGGCAUGCCUAAAUUGCAAGAACGCAUGAAAGACGAUAUCCUCCGCCCGAGCUUCAUGGGUAUCUUCCCAACAGACAACCCACGAAAUACACGCUUUUCGAUCAAUUACUUUACAAGUAUCGGCAUGGGCGCGCUUACCGAAGAAAUGCGAGAAUAUCUCAAGAAUAUACCAAAGCCUGCACCUCCAGCGCUUCCUGCACCAAAGGAUGAUGACGUUUCGGACUCGGAAAGUGUCAGCUCGUACUCGAGCUACUCGAGCUACACGACUAGUCGAUCGUAUACUAAAAGCCCGACACCUGAUCGUCGGGGCGCGGCACGUGGAAGGGGACGAAGCGACAGCCGUUCGGUGUCGCGCUCACGAUCUCCAGCACCUCGUCGCGGAAGGGAACGAAGUUACAGCGCCUCGGUAUCGCGCUCGCGCUCGCCACCACGCCGAGGCGCCGCCAGUAAAAGGUCGCCUUCCCCCUCGGUGUCCCGGAGCCCUCCACGACGAAAUGCCGUCCCUCCUCGUACACGAGGUAGAUCCCCCACCCGCUCACGAAGUUACAGUUCACGUUCGCGCUCACCACCGCCCCGAAAAGGGGUUCAAAAGCCACCUGCGAGGAAAUUUUCAGCUUCACCGACUCCGUCUCCUUCCGCACCGCCGCGCCGACGGACCUAUUCUCCAUCUCGCUCUCGAUCUCGAUCUCCUCCACGGUUCACAUCACGACGUGAUGGUGGUCCUCGUGCCGGUCCAGCUCGAAAAGGUAACCAGAGACGAUCCCCGUCACGGUCGCUCUCGCGCUCUCCGCCCCGCCGCGGAAACGGCAAACCUAGGUACUCCCCGAGCAGGAGCAGAGGCAGGAGCAGAAGCUACACUCCACCGACACGCAGAGCGCCACCGCCGCCGGCGAGGAAAAGGAGAAACUCAUCGAGCGAACGGUCAGCGUCAGAGUCACGGUCUCGCUCGCCGCCGCCCAGACGAUUCUCAAAAAGGAGUCCGAGCCCAGUUCGACGCGGUGGUGGUGGUAGAUCCAGGAGAAGCUCGAGUCCCAACCCCAAGGCAACCGGACGUGCGAGAGCCGCCGACUUUGAUUGAUGUUGGUUCAAGUUGCGAUUAUGAUUACGAUGCUCGUUGCACUCACAUUUGUACGGCGGAUGGUUGUUGUCGGUCGAGGCUCAGGUGGAAUUACGACGUCACCAGGAGCUGGAGGUAUCAGAGAUAGCUUUGUAGCCUCUUACAGACACAAAUUGAAAUGAAACGGGUACCGUCCUUGGUUUCAGAGUAACAAUGGAUCCAUCACCUGUCUACACGUCUCACUUUUACCCUUCUUGCCUGGGUCUUGAGA